AUGACUAAACAAGUAUCAGAAGAAGAAUUCCAAAAAAUCGUUAACAAUUACACCAAUGUCACCAAUGAUAAGUUAGGAUCAUCCAUUGCAUCAUUCUCUGAUGAAUGGUUUGCAGCUGCAAGUAAUUUACUUAAAGAUUCAGUGCCAAUUAGAGACGCAACUAGAUUUACUCAUGCUGGUGCUUGGUAUGACGGUUGGGAGACCAGAAGACACAAUGUAGAAGAAUAUGACUAUGUUGUAGUGAAGUUGGGAGUAUCAAGUAGUAAGAUCAUUGGAUGUGAAGUUGAUACUGCUUUCUUCAAUGGUAACCAUGCUCCAUUUAUUUCUGUUGAAGGUUCAACUGAUUCAUUGGAUGGUAAAAGUAACGAAUGGAUCCCAAUCAUUGAUAAGAUGGAAUGUGGUCCAAGUCAAAGACAUUUCUUUGUCAACGAAAAGACUUCUGAACCUUUCACUCAUUUAAGAUUAAGAAUGUACCCUGAUGGUGGUAUUGCCAGAUUCAGAUGUUAUGGAGAAGUUGAAUUUCAAAAGGCUUCAAUUAAAGGUGACUCUACUGAUAUGGCCUCCGUCCUUAAUGGUGGGGUUGUUGUUGCUUACAAUGAUCAACACUUUGGAAAAGCUUCCAACUUAUUAUUACCAGGAAGAGGUCAUGAUAUGAGUGAUGGAUGGGAAACCAAAAGAAGCAGAACACCAAAUCACCAUGAUUGGGCUGAAAUUAAAUUAGGAGCUACCACCAAAAUCUCCAAGAUCAUUGUUGAUACUGCUCAUUUCAGAGGUAACUUCCCUCAAUCAGUGAAAUUAUACGGUAAAAAAGAUGGGGAAUAUGAAUUGUUAUGUGAAGGUAAGACUAAAGCUGACUUCGAGCACGAAUUCGAAGUUGAAGGAGUAGUCGAUUUCGUUAAGUUGGUUAUCAUUCCAGAUGGUGGAGUUAAAAGAGUCAGAGUUUUAGGAACUCCUCAAUAA